AUGGCAACGUUGCCGUCCAUCAAUGCAUUGAGCGACGAUGAGUCACAAAACUGCGUAGCAGCUCCGGGGCCCAAGCCCAAAUUUCGUGGUGGCAGAACAAGUCUCAGACGGCCUGGUCGUGGCCGCAUUAUCAGAGCUGCAGGAGGGGGUUGUGGUCCCAAUAACAGUAUGAAGAACCUGUCCAAUCUUAUCCGGGGAAAAUGUGGUUGCAAAGCUGAUUGCUUUUCACAGUUCCGGCACCAGCUAGUCUUGGACGAGUGGCUGAAACAACGAAAGUUGAUGGCCAAAAUGGAAAAGCUCGAGAAAGAUGACCACGUCUUCAAAUUACUUCAAGCCCAAGCUGAAGAGUCAUGCCGGGGCUCCAGGCACAUCCGGUUUCUUGGAAAGCCUGUUUGCAACAAAGGAUUCAUGAAGUUGGUGGGAAUUGGAAAAUACAGAUUCAACACCCUGAGUUUGGCAGCUCGUAACGGUGAACAGUUUUGCCCUUAUGAUGGCCCGGAACUGUCAUUUUUGAGUAGUGGCCAUUCUCAUGAAGACAUUGACGCCCUAUUCAGUUUGUUGAGAGCUCACUUGGAACGGAACCCUGAGUUAUGGACACCUGAAGCCUUCAAGACUUGCCUGGAAGGAUUUUUUGCUUGCCCUCAAAACCGACCGAAUGAACCCACACGCUGCGUUGAAAUGCUGUCUCGUUAUAAGGAUUGGACCAACUGGCUCUCCUACCACUUUGAGCAUGCGAAGCUGAAGGGUAUCGGUGGCCCAGGUGCACCUCAUUGCAUUCGAUUGGAAAGGAUUGGAUCAACAGGAGUGAAGCGGGAGUCUCUGGAUACCCGAUUCUGGGACAAAAGAGAAUAUUCACCCAGCCCAUCGGAUGUCAUCAUGAGGACCAAGCAAUGGAUGAGUGAUGACACUUGGCAGCCCACGAUCUUUUUGUUUUUGCCAGCCUCGGUGGCAAAACGAGCACAAGGUAAAGAUCCCUUUGAUAUGGACGAAGCUGCACGGUGCCUGGAGGAUUUAUCCUAUGGUUUCGUGGGCACCACUUUGCUUGACACAAGCUGGCACGGGUUUACGAACAAUUUCUUUUAA